AUAGAAAAGCCAGUCUUGAACAACAAAAACAUACUCACCACUCCGCUUGCGAGUGUGUGUAUUUUGAUUUUGUGCCUGUUAAACGCCCCCCAAAGAGAAAGAAAAAAAAAAAAGAGUAAGAUGGCAUCUUUGGCUCAACAUUUUGGUGGGCUGAAACGCCCGCCGCUCUCCACGAGCCUCAACACUAAUUCAAACAACCGCUGCUCUACCCAUUGUCUCGUCUCACCCAAACAGAACCACCACCAGCAGCAGCCCAGAAGAGGACGAGUACUAGUUGUAGCAGCAGCUGCCGGACCAGUGGCUGUCUCCAACGCACAGACCAGAGAGCGGAUGAAGCUCAAAGAAAUUUUUGAAGACGCCUACGACAGGUGCCGCACUGCCCCUAUGGAAGGUGUCGCCUUUACGCUCGAAAACUUCCACGCUGCCCUUGAUAAGUUCGACUUCGAUUCUGAAAUUGGUAGCAGGGUCAAAGGAACAGUUUUUGCUGUAGAUGCAAAUGGAGCCCUUGUUGACAUUACUGCAAAAUCAUCAGCCUACUUGCCUGUGAACCAGGCAUCAAUUUACAGGAUAAAGAGUGUAGAAGAAGCUGGCAUAGUGCCCGGUCUUUGUGAGGAAUUUGAAGUCAUUGGUGAGGUUGAAGCUGAUGACAGUUUGAUACUGAGCCUGCGUGCUAUCCAGUACGAGCUAGCAUGGGAAAGAUGUAGACAGCUUCAAGCUGAAGAUGUUGUUGUCAAGGGUAAGGUAACUGGUGCGAAUAAAGGUGGAGUAGUGGCAUUGGUUGAAGGCCUUGUUGGGUUUGUUCCCUUCUCGCAAAUAUCAACGAAAUCAACUGCAGAGGAGCUUCUUGAGAAGGAGUUUCCACUUAAGUUUGUAGAGGUUGAUGAAGAACAGUCGAGGCUCAUCCUCAGCAAUCGUAAGGCCAUGGCUGACAGUCAAGCGCAGCUUGGAAUUGGCUCUGUGGUUCUUGGAACUGUUCAGAGCUUGAAACCUUAUGGUGCUUUUAUUGACAUAGGCGGGAUCAAUGGCCUUCUACAUGUCAGUCAGAUAAGUCACGAUCGAGUCUCAGACAUUGCAACAGUCCUUCAGCCUGGUGACACUCUAAAGGUGAUGAUACUAAGCCAUGAUCGCGAGAGAGGCAGAGUGAGCCUGUCUACAAAGAAGCUGGAGCCUACUCCUGGUGACAUGAUUCGUAAUCCUAAGCUUGUCUUUGAGAAGGCUGAGGAAAUGGCUCAAACAUUCAGGCAGAGAAUUGCACAAGCAGAAGCAAUGGCUCGUGCUGAUAUGCUCAGAUUCCAACCAGAGAGCGGACUGACUUUGAGCUCUGAUGGGAUCUUAGGACCGCUAACCUCCGACUUGCCUGCAGAGGGUCUGGAUUUGAGUGAUAUCCCUCCCGCCGAUGAUUCAUCAUGAUUUACACAUCUCGUAGCUUUAUUUAUACAACAUGCAUACAAGUGUACCCACCCGCUCGACUUUGUAUUACCUCCUCGCGCGUAAUUAUUCUUUUAUUUGGUGGAUAUCAUAUGUCAAAUGUUCAUCACACAAGAAAUAACAAAGAAGUAAAUGAGGAACACUAAGUUUUCGAGUCC